AUGGCGGCACCCUCUACCCUUCCCGUCUCUUCCCAGGAGCAGGCGUCCAACUUUGCGCUGCAGCAAUACCUCGCCCUGCACUCCCAGCACGAGGAGCUUCGGCAGCACCUGGACCAAAUCCGUCCCAUCACGACCUGCAACACGUCGCUCUCGUCGUCGCCGUCGGUGUCGCCGACCCGCAGUGCCUGCUCCCCUUUCGGACAGUACCCCAACGCGUCGUCGGGCGGGCGCAGCAGGCACCACAGCCGGAGCCGGCGAAUGUCGCUCUCAGGCCUUAAGGCGCGGCGCAGCAGCUCGCUCGCGCCCAUCGCGGACGAGACGACCAUCUGGGCCGUGGCGGAGGAGGAGCAGCGCCUCUUCGACGUCAAUGAGGGCAUGAAGCGGGCCCUGAUGGAGCUCCUCAACUGCGAGCAGGUGCGGAGUGACAACUCGUUCCGCAUGUGGGUACAGUGCCGCCUGAUGGACACUGAAAAGGAGCUGCGCUCUGAGCGACGACGCAAGAGCGCGCCGUGA